GGCCUAAAUCCUGAGUUCGCCUCUGAUUAAGGUGAACAAAAGUUGGAAAAAAAAAAAGAAAAGGAUGGCAAGAGAGGGAAUAAUAAAUCAAAGUUGGGUGGCGCCAAAAAACCAAACUUCUUCUUCCUUCCUAGUCUUCUUCUUUUACUUUUCCUUCUCUUCCCCAACGGCCAUCAACCCCCCCUCCCCCGCCCCCUACCCCCUCAAACCUAUAGAUACACACAAUAUAUAUGUAUAUAUAUCAAAUAUUCACGUGAUAUAUAUUUAAAUUCCGUAUUGAUAUUGAUAAAUAAUUAAUAUCAUACGGUUAAUUUAUUUAUUCACCGUCUUCUUCGCCGGAAAUUCAACGUCGAUUCUUCGAUUAAUUAAUUGCUGAUUAAGGAUCAACUGGACGGUUAAGUCAAUUGUUUUUGGCGGGAAAAUUAACGGCAGUUGAUUGAUUGAUUGGUUGAUUAAUUGCAGAUUAAAGAUUUUACAGCAAAAGGAUCUUACUUUAUAGACAUAUUGAUGUGUAAUUUAUCAAGAUUGAAUGAAGGUGGGGUUGUUGAGAGGUUCUUGAAUAUCAAUGUGGUUUAAAAUCUUGAAUAGUUUGAAUGGAUGUGUAUGAAUUAGAUGUAUCAUUAAAGAAACAUACAACAGUGGAGACAAGAAGAGCUCCAUUGAUUAAGCACAAUGAUGUUGAAAAUGCCACAAGGCCAAGAACUAGAGAAGUUAGUUCUAGGUAUAGGUCACCUACUCCGUCGAGACGAUGUAUAUCACCAAAUGUUACAAGAAUUGGAACUAGUAGUAGUAGUACUAGUACUAGUAUAUCAAGAGUUAUGUUGCCUAAGAGAGCUGUAUCGGCUGAAAGGCGAAGGCCAACAACGCCUUCAUCGCCAUCGAGUAGUUCAUCAUCAUCAACGACGCCAGUACAUGAUACAUCUGUUGUUGCAGAAGAAUUGUUGUCAAGAAAGAUGACAACAGGGAAUAGUAAUAGGUUGCCUGAAUCUUUAUGGCCUUCAACAAUGAGGAGUUUGAGUGUUUCAUUUCAAUCUGAUACGUUUUCGUUACCUGUUGGGAAGAGAGAAAAACCUGCUCCUCAUGCUUUAUGUGAUCGUACUUUAAGACCAUCAUCAAAUGUAGUAGUGAAACAAGGUGAAACAUCUCCUGGUUCGCGAAAAGCGGGGACGCCUGAGAGGAGGAGGAGUCCAUUGAAAGGAGAGAAUUCUAGACCUGUUGAUAGUCUAAAUGCUCGAUUGGUUGAUCAGCAUCGAUGGCCAAGUAGAGUGAAUAGGAAGGUACCUUCUGGUACUUCAAUGAACAGAAGUAUUGAUCUGAGUGAUAAGAAUGGGAAUACGUGUUCAGUUACGCCUUCUUUGAGGAGAUUGUCAUUGGAUGGUUACAGCAGACCAUUGCAAAAAUCUGCUAGUGACUUGUUGUCAUUAGUAUCAGUGGAUGAUAAUUCACUUUCGUUGCAGAAGUCCAGACCUUCGACGUCAUUGGAUAGAACAGUGUUAGGAAAUCCAGUAGCUAGAUCUCAGACUGCAUCAGCUCCUGGAUCGCGUGUUCCUUCGCCGAACAAAGCAUCUGUUCUAUCAUCCUCUGCAUCUAGAGGAGUUAGUCCAUCGCGAACAAAAUCAGUCCCAAGUGCGCCAUCUAGUAGAGGGCCAAGUCCUUCUCGGAUAAGACCAUCGAGUCCUUCCAGACAACAACCGAAAACAUCUACUUCUGUCCUCAGCUUUAUUGCAGAUAUCAAAAAGGGGAAGAAGGCAGCUAACCACAUUGAAGACGUUCAUCAACUGAGGCUAUUGUAUAAUAGACAUCUCCAAUGGCGGUAUGCUAAUGCCAGGUCGGAUGCAGCAUUGCACGCGCAGAAAGUUAAGGCUGAGAAGACAUUGUACAAUGUCUGGAUAAAUACCUCAGACCUAUGGGCUUCUGUUAUUAAAAAGAGAAUUGCGCUCCAACAGGUGAAGCUGAGGUUGAAGCUUUUCGCAGUUCUAAAUGAACAGCUCACGUACCUUGACGAGUGGGCUUCAAUUGAAGGGGAUCAUACCAGUUCAUUAUCCCAUGCUAUACUAGACCUACAAGCAUGCACUCUCCGUCUUCCGAUAACUGGACGAGCUAAGGGUGAUAUUGACGUUGUUAAGGAAGCUGUUUGCUCAGCUGUUGAUGUAAUGCAGGCAAUGGGAUCCUCCAUGCGUUUUAUAUUGUCUAGAGUGGAAGGGAUGAACUGCCUGGUUUCUGAACUUGCUGAUGUAGCAGCUCAAGAGCGAGCCAUGCUGGAUGAAUCUGAAGCCUUGCUGGCUUCAACAGCAGCUAUGCAGGUAGAAGAAUAUAGCAUUAGGUCUCAUCUUAUACAGUUGAAACAAGCUUGGAGAAAUGAUGAGCUGCUGAUACUUGGAAAUUAGAUAGUUUUACCAAAUGGUCUUUAGCUAGUGUGUAUAGUAAUAGGUUUUUCAAUUUUUUUUUAUAGUUCAUUUUUUUUUUCUUUUUCUUCUAAUUUAUUAUGGGAAAAAAAAGUUGAAUUGUUUCAUUCUUUUUCUUUUUCUUCUCUACAUAUGUUGCAAAAAAUAUAUCCUAAUGUAACUUUUUGCUCUAUUAACAAGGAAAAAAGAAAUGCAAAGGAAGAAAAAAAUGUUCAAAUUUACCUUCUAGAGGUUGUUUUUGAAUUCCCUUAGUAAUGGAAGUGCAAGAAAUAGCGGAUAGUAACAGGACACUAACUACAAUAAAAUAAUACGUUAGUUGAAGUACAAGACACAAUAAAAAAUAACGAAAACAAAAGGACAAAAAUCUAUCGAAGCAAAUACUACAACUA